UUUUCUGAAUUCUUCUUUUUCCCUCAGGCAUUCCAUGUUGCAUUCUUCAUAAAAGUUUCUCAAACAAUUAGGCCUGCAUCCUAAAUGGCAAUUUGUCGAUGUAUAUGGAAUGGAUCCUGAACUCCUUAGCAUGGUACCAAGACCAGUGUGUGCAGUAUUACUUCUCUUCCCUAUUACAGAAAAGUAUGAAGUAUUCAGAACAGAAGAGGAGGAAAAAAUAAAAUCUCAGGGACAAGAUGUUAAAUCAUCAGUAUAUUUCAUGAAGCAAACAAUCAGCAAUGCCUGUGGAACAAUUGGACUGAUCCAUGCUAUUGCCAACAAUAAAGACAAGAUGCAUUUUGAAUCUGGAUCAACCUUGAAAAAAUUCCUAGAGGAGUCUGUGUCAAUGAGCCCUGAAGAACGAGCCAGAUACCUGGAGAACUAUGACGCUAUUCGAGUUACUCAUGAGACCAGUGCCCAUGAAGGUCAGACUGAGUCCUCGCCAUCCUCAUCACAGCCUCAUUGUAGCCACUGCAGAACGAAGGCCUCAUCAUUGUGUCACCAUGCAUCCCUGCCCUGGGUCAAACGUAACCAUGUAGACCCUGCAAAGGCUACCAGUCCAUCUCUCCGUCUUCGUCGCUGGCGACCCUUCUUACGCCUACCAUCUUUGGGUCUCCAUUCUGUUGCACCAAAUAUAGAUGAAAAAGUAGAUCUUCAUUUUAUUGCAUUAGUUCACGUAGAUGGGCAUCUCUAUGAAUUAGAUGGACGGAAACCAUUUCCAAUUAACCAUGGUGAAACUAGUGAUGAAACGUUAUUAGAGGAUGCCAUAGAAGUUUGCAAGAAGUUUAUGGAACGUGACCCUGAUGAAUUGAGAUUCAAUGCAAUUGCUCUUUCUGCAGCAUAGUUUGUCAAUAAUGGAAACACCAAGUACUGUAUUAUUUGCAACAAAAAUUUCAUUUCUGCUGCCAUACACUAUCUCAAAAAUUUUGAUAUUUUCAUUAACUUGACUGAUUAAACUUUAUGUGAAUUAAA